AGUUGGGAUGGGUGAAGGAAAAGUAAAUACCUUGUUGCGAGUUUGUAGACCGCGCCAGGUUAGCGGUCCUUUUUCCCUAUUCACGUGACAUCGGCUAGAAAUAUACCAAAACAUCACGACAUUUUCACUCAAAAUGGAAUACUGCGUCGUUUCAUUUAAAUCGUUUUUAGUGUAUUUCUUAAUCUUGUCUUUCUUUUCUGUGUGUCUAAUACGGUGUAAAGAUGAAGAGAAGAAACCCGUGAAGCAGUGCUUCAUCUGCCAGAGCAAGUUUAAGAAUCAGAUACAAAAACACUGUCCAGGUGACGGCGUCAUCGAUAAGAACAGCAUCAUCGUCUACAAGGACAACUGCACUGGGCACUGCUUCACCAGAACAGACGACCUUGACUCUGAACUGGUGUACAGGGGCUGUACGGAUCUGCUGUGGAGGCCGAGCCUGCCGGAUCCAUUGCCGGAGGAUGGAUGUUACACUUACUACGAGGAGAUCUGGUGUAUCUGUAAGACGGAGCUGUGUAACGGGCAGCCUCUAGGGAAGCCGACUGCCGAUUUUGAAGCUCAUUUACCACCACCCGAUGUUGAAUCUGGAUGCAGAUCAAGUUUUACAGUCACUUUUUACUUGACUGUUUUAAUACUUAUUUUCGUAUAACUGACUUUUAUAAAUAAAUUUUUUACUUUUCUACAAAAGGUUUUGGCUUUGAUUACGUAUUUACUCGAUCAGCACCCUUAGAUUUUAAAUCCCUCCACCCAUAAAGACAAAUAAAUAUAACAAAAAUCUCAAGUAAGCGUGCAAGUCAAUUUUAACUCUGGGUCUCCAUUUGCUUUGCAGCAGAUGUAAAACUCAUAUAUUGACCUCACAAUUUCUAUGAUAUCCAACACUGGGACUUACAGCAGUCUAACUCACGGCUAAGCGUUGGCAUCAAUAUAAAUUUUUAUUUUAUUUUUAUUUAUAAUGAAUUUAAUUAUUUUA